AUGGCAGCAAGGCUCAGGCCUGACCAUCAGGAGCUGAAGUUCGGAGCCAAGGUUGACUGGAGGAGCCUGGGAUCGAACCUCCUACCUGCACCACCAUGUCCAAACCACACAGACCAGGGCAGAGCCACACGUAUCCGGCCGCAAGCAAGGCAAACCCCAGCACUUAAGCAAACGGAUUUUUCGCCAGCCGAGCCCCUCUCCACGGCCAUCGUCUCGUCGGAGGAGCUGUCGGAGCGCUGCUCGGAGCACUCGGAGGAGAGUGGCAGUCUCAACGGGCACCACCCGGGCUCGGCCGUGGGCCGGCUUGCCCGGCUGGGUCACGAUGCUCACCCCUCUCUGGAGCAGGACCUUCUGACCUGCGGCCAAUGCCAGGCCACCUUUCCCCUGGCGGACAUCCUGCUCUUCAUCGAGCACAAGAGAAAGCGAUGCCACGGGCCGCCCUGCCUGGCCGUUGGCCGGGGGCUGGACAAGCCCCCCUCGCCCUCCCCGGGCCUUGCUCUCACCCCAUCACCUGCGCUUGGCUCCAUGCGCAGCCGGAGGCCCGUGGAAGUGGGCGUCCAAGCCACUCUGGCAGACGACGACGAUGACCGGUUCUCGUUGCCCCGGGGGAUUUGCCCCAAACAGGAGCCCCUCCCAGGGCUGUUCUAUGGUCUGACCACAGCGGUGUUCAAAGGUAAGGAGGAACCGACUACCUAUACCUGCACUACAUGUAAGCAGUCGUACGGCAGCGCCUGGUUCUUGCUGCAGCAUGCUCAGAACACCCACGGCUUCCGUAUCUACCUGGAAAGUGAACAUGGCAGCCCUCUCACUCCACGCAUGGGUGGGCCUUCCUCCCUCGGUGGGGGUGCAGACUGCCCUUCUCAGCCUCCUCUUCACGGCCUCCAUCUGCCUCCUGAUGCAAGCCCCUUCAACCUCCUCCGCAUCCCCGGCUCGGGCUCAGGUGGAAGGGACAGUGUCGGAAUAGGGGGAGGAGUUGGUUCUGGUGGUGCUGUUGGUGGGGGCCAUCAUCAGCGUUUCCCUCCCACGCCACCCCUCUUCAGCCCCCCUCCAAGGAACCACCUGGACCCCCACCACCUGAGCCCAGAAGAGCUGGCGCUGGCAGCCCACCACCCGAGUGCCUUUGACAGGGUGCUGCGCCUCAAUCCUCCUCUGCCCCUGGACCCACCUCCAACAAUGGACUUCUCACGGCGGCUACGGGAGCUGGCAGGCAACACCUCAGGGUCCACUCCCCCGCUAUCCCCCAGCCGGCCAAGCCCCAUGCAGCGCUUGCUCCAGCCAUUCCAGACAGGAGGAGGAAACGGAAGUACAGGAGGUGCAGGGGGCAGCAAACCGCCAUAUCUUGCCACUCCACCCCCUCUUCCAGGCUCCAUGCAGUCCCCUGUGGGUUCUCAGACCACUCCUACUACCCCUCUCCCCCCAGCAGGGGCACCACCUUCCUCCACCACCCCCUUGAAAUCAAAAUGUUGUGAGUUUUGCGGCAAGGCCUUCAAGUUUCAGAGUAAUCUAAUAGUUCACCGGCGCAGCCACACAGGAGAGAAGCCGUACAAAUGUCAUCUGUGUGACCAUGCUUGUACACAGGCUAGCAAACUGAAACGCCACAUGAAGACACACAUGCACAAAUCUUCCUCGCCAAACACAGGCAAGUCAGAAGAUGGGCUCUCAACAGCCUCCUCUCCAGAACCUGGGACCAGUGAGCACCUGGGCAGUGCAAGCAAUGCCCUUAAGUCAGUAGUGGCCAAGCUGAAAAGUGAGAAUAACCGCAUGCUACGUGAGAAUGGGGAGGAGGAGGAAGAGGAAGAAGAGGAAGAAGAAGAGGAAGAGGAGGAGGAAGAAGAGGAGGAAGAGGAGGGAGAGGAGGAAGAGGAGGAAGAAGAGCAGAAUGGAGAGAGAGCAGUCAGAAGGAACAACAACAGCUAUCACUUUGGUUUGAACCUUGAAGCCGCACGUCAGCAUGAAAACAAUGGUGGUAUAGGAAGCCGACUGGGAGCAGUUGCUGAAGAGGGGUCCAUCCCUCGAUCGCUGCCUGAGGUCAUGCAGGGGAUGGGUUUGGCUGCUAGCAUGCAGCAUUUCAGCGAAGCCCUUAACGCACACAAACGGAAUGCCAUGGCCCAGGAAAAUCACCUGCACCACCACCUCAACCGAGACCAUCACCACAAUCGUGAAAUGUGUGAUGGGGAAUCGGUGUUGGAAACAGAUCGUGGAGAGGAGGGCUCUGUCUCAACAGUCAACGGGCGGGGAGCAUCCCCUAACGAAUCUGCCUCUGUUGGCCUCUCUAAGAAACUGCUUCUGGGUAGCCCCAGUCCACUCAGUCCUUUCUCCAAACGCAUCAAGCUGGAAAAGGAGUUUGACCUGCCCACUCCCACUAUCCCUAAUACGGAGAAUGUCUACUCCCAGUGGCUGGCUGGUUAUGCCGCCUCCCGACAACUCAAGGACCCUUUUCUGAACUUUGGGGAUUCCAGACAAUCGCCCUUCGCCUCUUCGUCUGAGCAUUCUUCAGAGAAUGGCAGUCUGCGUUUCUCGACUCCUCCAGGGGAACUGGAUGGUGGGAUGUCUGGCCGUAGUGGCACAGGCAGCGGGGGCAGCACACCACACCUCGGGGGUCCUGGGCGGCCUGGCUCCAAGGAUGGCCGCAGGAGUGAUACUUGUGAGUAUUGCGGCAAGGUGUUCAAGAACUGCAGUAACCUGACAGUGCAUCGGCGCAGCCACACAGGGGAGAGACCAUACAAGUGUGAGCUGUGUAAUUAUGCUUGUGCCCAGAGCUCCAAACUUACUCGCCACAUGAAGACCCACGGUCAGGUGGGCAAAGACGUGUACAAGUGUGAAAUUUGUCAGAUGCCCUUCAGUGUCUACAGCACCUUGGAGAAACACAUGAAAAAAUGGCACAGUGACCGUCCUUUGAGUACCGAAAUAAAGUCAGAGUAGAAGGCCGAACUAUGGGACCUUUUCCCCGCAGCUAUGUCCGCCAUUAGUCCCCUGUUUAUUCCCAGCCCCUUGUAGAUUUGCCCCAACCCUAACACUCAACUUUCGCCAGUCUGGUGGAAGCUUAAGACCAUGUGCUCUGCACCAGCACACCCCGUUUCCAUUACCCAUUGAAUGCAUGAUCUGUAUCGGGGCAAUACUCUUGCAUUGACGCAAAACUUCGAGCCUUUCUCUUGUGCAAUAAUUUACAUGUCGUGUACUAUUUUCUUUUUUGAGUUUUCCUUUUCCAUUUUUAAGAAUUAGUCAGCAUGCAUAGUAUGUUUUUGCUAAUCAAAAAAAGAAAAGAACUUGUCCCUGGUUGGUUAGUUGUUGAGUAAAUGUGUUGCUGUUUUUCUCUUGUUCUGUUUUUUCUUUUUAUUCUUCAAAAAGAGAAAAGACAAGAAAGAUACACCAUGCUGCAUACAUUCUGUAACACAUAUCAUGUACAGUUUUGUUUUGUAACAUGGAAAGUGAACAGUCUUUGAUUUGACCCUCUUCUUACAACCCUGGAAAUGCACUUAUCCUGAUCUUUCUAAAAGAUGCCAUGUUCACACAGGGUUAAAAAUCAUGUAUUGGCUUGAUGACUAAACUAAAAGUAAUGACAGCCUUCAAAUUUCUUUCAAAAAGACAAGGGUGUGCUAUGAAUUCAAUUUGUACUAUCAUUUGGUAGAAUAAGAAAGAGUGCCUUUGAUAUCUCAAGACUACAUUGGCCAUAAUCUUAUCUGGUAUAAGUUUGGGGUCACAUUAGAUAAAGCUAGAAGGUUUAAGCCACCCAGGGAAGGUCCUUGCAUCAAGCACCUGACUGCUCAAAUGGACUGUGACAACUCGUGAUGAAAAGAUCAGAGUUCUUGUUAAUCAUCAUUUAGCUACCUAUUACAUGUUCAAUAGGCUAUCUUUAAUAUGUGGAUUUCAUGGCAAGCAUGGUACAAGCAGUAUUGUGUAUAUCUGAAUUAUUUGUAGUUUUGUUUCUGGUAAGGAGGUACUUUUGAAAUAAAGGUAAUCUGUAAUGUACAAUCCUGAACUUGAGGGAUACAGCGCAUGGCUGAGAAGUGUUAGCACAAACCUACAACGCUGCUUCGAUAUGUCAGUGUGUGGAACAAUGCAUAAAGUAAUAUAUGAGCUCCAAGUGAGGCAAACUUUAUUUGAGAGCAUUGAAAUAACUACAAGCUAGACAGACAGAAAGCUAAACAGAACUGGAAGCUACGUAUAUAAAACGGGGAUCAGAGGCAAUCUCUUUCAUUUUACAUUUGUAAUAUCAAAACAGGGUCAUUAACGAUGAAUUCAGAAAAAAGAAAGAAAGAAUUGCAAAAAAAAAAUCUGUACUCCAGGGCUCUUGAAAACAGUAAAACAUGAUAAUUUGAAUCAGUAUGCAUAGGCUAAUGCAAGGCACAUUUUUUUGUUUGCUGUUGCUUUACCCAAAAGAAGAGUUUUUUUUUCUUGUUGCAUUUCAUUCAAGCUGUUCAUAGUAUAGCACUUGUCACUGAGAGUAAGUACCGACAUCUCUCUUGCAUUUUCCCACACUGAUGCAAUGUCGGUACAUGUGUUGAGUCUAAAAGCUAGAUCAUCAUUUAUAGGACAUGAAGUGCACUGUUUCAAUUUUCCCAGUUUACAAAUUCACGCUGAAGGGGAAAACGUUGUUGAAAUGCUGUCAGUUGACGAGGGUCCCAUUGUUAAAAGCAGUAAAAGAUGAGACACAUAAUCUGUUGCCAGCCUCAUGAACCUUGACCUUUGUACCCUUGCCGUUUCACCUUUGACCAUUUGUCAAUUUGUUACCCCCGACAAACCCCAGCGCUUAGCCUGGGCUGAAAAUUCACCCUGUCAGCAAGGUCUGUAAAUGAAAAGGUUUGACGCGAGUGACAUCUGUAACCAGUGCUCCUACAUCGUUCUAAAAAGAUGCAGCUUUCAUUUGCCACAGCAGCACCAAACAUCCACAUUUCUGAAGGAGCUAGAUUAUGACUCCAUCUUACACCUGAAUAAUCUACAGACCUUGCUGCCUAGACAAUAGACACUCAAAUCUUGUUGCUCACACUGCGAGAAUCGGUUUUUGUAUAAAUCUUCCUUUAAUUAUAGAUAUGAAAAUAAACGUUUUUUGCAAAUAACACUCCACUAUCUUUAAGGGGAAACUGUAUUUAAGUUUUGUUGUCGUUUCUCUUUUCCUCAGCGUCUUGGUGGUGUUCAAGACUCCGAUCACAGUAUAUAUGAAAUGAUAAAAAAAAAAGACGAAAAAACAAACAAAAAAAUUUCUGUGAUGGUUUUUGUAUUUUAUUUUGCCUUGGCUCUUCACAGCUCUUCAGGUUGAAAUACAAUUUGCAUUGGGGAAAGGAUUAAGAUUAUAUAUGAAUAUAUAAUAAAGAACUUAAAAUAUAGGAAAAUGCACACUCAUGUCGAUUCCUAUGCUUAAACACAUUUAUGGUCUACUUUUUCUGUAUUUCUAGAAUUGUAUUUGAAUUCAAUGUUCACUUAGAGUAGGCACUAUAGUAUUUAUAUUGAGGCUCGUAUUUUUAACUGUUGCUUGUUCUCUCUAAAGGUAUUUACCAUACCUUUUUUUGGUAGUGGAAAAAAAAUCCCAAGCUGCCACGGUAUAUUUUUUUAAUUUGGCAGGAUAAUAUAGUGCGAAUUAUUUGUAUGUUUAAAGAAAUAAAAGGAAAAACCCCAUAAAAAAGCAGCUAAAGUAUGUGGCAUUGGGAGGCGUCACAGGCCAUCAGAUGGCCGCCGCUCUGUUUCCUGUCCACAGAGGUGGUUGUACAUAUCUUCUUUGGUUUUUUGGUUCGGACCUCCCCCCCACCCCACCCCACCCCUCUGCUGCCAUUCUUGUAUGCAGUAAUGCAAGCUGACGUCGGCCUGUUCUGUUGUGUGCUUCUGUCUCUCUCACCCCUCCCACCUGACUACAUUCCAACAUCAAGAAGAGAGGAAAAAAAAAAGAAAAAAAAAACUCCAUAUGCAGUACAUGGAUUACGAAAAAAAAAAGCGUCAAAAUAAAUACAUUUAAAAAGAAAUUAAAUGUUUUGCAGUUUUUUUUCAUUGCCAAAUACUAAAUGGUGCUUUAUAUUUAGAUUGGGUAUACUUUCAUAUGCAAAGCAUAUUUAAAAAUGACCCGGGGGAUGUGGAGAAGCCUGCUUGAGUUGAGACUUUUUUGUAAAUGGCAAUGCGGAAUAUUUUGUUAUCAGCCUUUUCUAUUCCUCUUCUGAGAGCUGUUUGUUGUAACUUGAACUUGAACUUUAUCUUUUACUAUGGGAGUUACUAUUUAUUAUUACCUA